AUGUCCAUGCUGGAAGAGGACGUUGCGCUGAUGAGGCAGUUCAUCAAUUUGAAUAACCUUGUCGAAGGACUGAAAGACCUUAACCUCAAGGUUGUCAGUUUCGAGGAGGAAGAUGAUGACCUGAUAAGACCUUUGCAGGCGAUGGACAAAGAGGUCGACUGCCUGAAGCAGCAACAUUUUUUCAGGCACAAUUCCAUGCUUUCGCGCACCUCGCGACCUUCACCCCGGGUGAGGCACAAGCGUUCGACACAGAACAGACAGGAUAUCUCGUCGGCGUCGUCCAGUCGGUCGUCGUCAGGGGUGUCUUGUUCCGAAAUUCGCUGCAACGACAGUGGUUCCUCUCUCGGAAGUGAUAUAUGUGGCGGUUUUUCAGCAAAAAGCUCGGGCGUCCAACAUGAAAGUCAGAACUCACACGACUCGGGCAUCCAGCUCUCACAGUCGGACGACAAGGACGUGUUUUUCGUUUAA